AGUAUUUUUAGUUCACAUACGAAAUAAAACAAACACUAGUACACUACCACCACGACCUCAGCCGCGGCAACAAUGGCAAGCAAAACCCAAACCCAAGCCCAAGCGCUGACUGAGAGAAUCCAAGUGGACGGGGAUCCAGUGGAGGCUGUCUUGGACCAUGGCACCGGCGAGCUGCGGUGGCGGAGCGGUGAUGAUGAUAGGCGCCUCUUUGUGGAGUCGGAGAUGCUAGGAAUCGAGAUGAAGGGGAUGAUUAUUACUAUUAGGGCCUUUGUGGAUGCACCCGAGAGGUGCUGCUUUGUUUCGAGCUCCGGCAGGAGAGUGAGAAGGGAUUUCCUGCUAGAGAUGCCGUCUGAGACUUCCGCGAUGAUUUGGACCGAGAGGCUCAAAGAUUGCAUCGAUUCCCUUGGCAGACCAAAGAGGUUAUUUAUAAUUGUAAACCCAUUUGGUGGGAAGAAGGUGGCGCCACAAAUAUUCCAAAACGAAGUCAGACCAUUAAUGGAAGCUGCCGGAAUCCUUUACACAGUGCAAGAAACCAAUCACCGGCUACAUGCUCAAGAAAUAGCUCAGAGUAUGAACCUUGAUCAAUACGAUGGGAUUGUAUGUGUCAGUGGAGAUGGUAUUCUUGCGGAGGUAGUUAAUGGUUUGCUUCAAAGAGAAGAUUGGCACACUGCAAUUAAAAUGCCUCUAGGGAUAGUCCCAGCAGGCACGUCCAAUGGCAUGGCAAAAUCUCUUCUGGAUUCAGUUGGCCAAGUGUACUCAAUAUCUAAUGCUGCAUUUUCCAUUAUUAGAGGUCAUACACGUAAGCUAGAUGUUGCUUCCAUCUUGCAAGGAGAGGCACAGUUUUUCAGUGUCUUGAUGCUUACCUGGGGUUUCAUGGCAGAUGUUGAUAUUGAGUCAGAGAAGUAUAGGUGGAUGGGCAGUGCUCGGAUAGGCUUUUAUAGUUUAUUGCGUGUGAUGAACUUGAGAAAGUAUCAUGGGUGUGUAAAAUUCGUGCCUGCUCCUGGUUAUGAGUUAUAUGGGGAGCCCCUGUGCCAGGAUGAAAUUAGCAAGGAUAAUCCACACAUGCAAGAAAGCAGGGGUGGUUCUAGAGUUCAGCAUUACCACGGUCCUCAGACUUCUCUGCAGGGAAUGGAAUGGAGAUCAAUUAAUGGUCCUUUUGUUUUAGUUUGUUUGAAUAAUGUGCCUUGGCCUGUCGAGGAUGUCUUGUUAGCACCUGAAGCUAAGUUCUCGGAUGGCUACUUGGACAUGACUAUAAUCAGGGACUGCCCGAAAACAGCCCUUCUGAUGAUGCUACUGAAAAUGGAUGAAGGUGACCAUGUCAAGUCAGACUAUGUUAUGCAUCUCAAGGUGAAAGCAUUGAGACUAGAGCCAGGACAGUGUGUGGGGAAUCCAAAGAAAGGAGGUAUAGUAGACUGUGAUGGAGAAAUCAUUGCAAGGGGAGAAGAUGCUUGUUCUUGUCACCAGCAAGACUCCCUGAUGGCUUAUGGCCCUCCCAUUCAGGUGACAGUGGACAAAGGUUUAGCCACCAUAUUUUCUCCAAGGGAUGUUUGUGGUUUUGAGAGUCUUUGAGGUAGAUUUGCUGAUGGAACUACAGAAAUCCAAGGGAGAAAGCAAC